AGUCAGUCACUGCUCAACACUAAAAAGUGUGGGUCAGCCCUCAGUACAACCUCCAAAAGAGCUCCUUGUCAAAAAUGUUGUGGAAAACCGUGAUGUCACAUUAUGCAAAUCACUGCUGGAAACCGUUGACAGCAAGACUUUGAACUGGCAUUGAGUCUUUGAUGCUGAACUGCUGGAUGGUUCAACUUGACACACAGGAGUGAUGAAAGAUUGGCAAAUCGGAUUCUCUUUCUCUAGAGCUCAAAAUAACAAAACACGAGUUUCGUCCGUUUCUGAUGAGAAUUUCCAUCUUAGCGGCUUUAUGAAAGACUUGGAUUCUACUCCAGAAAGAAUGAGCACAUUGUCAGAAAAGAAAAGCAAUGGAAGGGAUGAGGAGAGCAUGAGAGAUGCCGUAGAAGACACGAUGUUUGAUUUCUCACCAUCCUUGAACAAUCAAAGUCAUCAUAACAAGAACACAGUCUUCAGAGCCAGACCUAAACUGGCUGCCGCUCACGCCGUCCUUUCUUCCAAGUUAGAAGAGCCAUCUGGAACUCAGAUAAAUGCAUGUGAGGAAACGGAGGACAUGAAACCAGAACCUCUGGAAUAUGUAUGUGUGGAUCCCCCACCAAUACCUGCUGGAGAAAUGACCAAGGACGAGGACGUGGAAGAGCAGAGAGUGAAAGAGAGGGUGAUGGCUAGUGAAAAUCUUGUUGAAGAGGGUUCAAAAGUGGCACUGAAUGCAGCAACUAGGAAAAGCCUGUGGAGAGGUGAGAUGGUUCUGAAGGAAGGGGUGCGGGAAAGGCUGGGAGGAGGUCUGGAGAGUAUCGAUGAGAGUAACGAGGGAGAAUUCAACAACAAACGAGUGCACAGGAAGAAGAGCUGGGGCUUAAAACAGAGAAACGCACAAACGUUUGGGUCAUCACGGGAUGGAGAUCAUUAUACGCAGGGAAGCAUGAAGAAAGUUGGUGAGGAAGAAUUAGUUUCCCACCCUGUUCUCUCUCGGGUUCUCCUUCACUCCUCCUCUGCUUCAUCCUCCUCUUCAUUCAACAACUCCUCAGCAGAAAGUGAUGAAGUCUUCAGCGAGAGUGAGGAUACAGCCGCCAGGAGGCAGACGAUGAAGAAGUGUCGAUCUUGGAGAACAUUUUUGACCAUGAUGCAGUGGUCCAAACGUACACAAAGCUCAUGGAUCCAGCUAGCUGGUCACCAAGGUAAUGUAAGGCUGAGUGAGGGUGGGGAGGUGCUGAAGAGGUUUUGCAAGGUGGAAGAUGUCUGUCUGCAGGCCCUCAUGUCUGAUGCACUCUGUCAGUUCGUGCCACAUUAUUUUGGGCACAUCAGUCAGGACGGAGAGAGAUACAUCCGUCUAGAGGACCUGCUUAGUGGGCUCAAACAUCCGGUCAUCAUGGACUGCAAAAUGGGUGUCCGGACAUACCAAGAGGAGGAGAUCAAUAAGGCCAGGACCAACGCCAGCGUACGCUCUGAUAUGUAUCAAAAGAUGGUGAAAGUGGAUCCGGCAGCUCCCACUGCAGAAGAACACGAACAGAGAGGAGUAACAAAGCUGCGUUACCUACAGUGGAGGGAUGACAGCAGUUCCACCUCAUCACUGGGCUUCCGCAUAGAAGGCAUAGUGAUUGGGAAUGGUAAAGUGUUACGAGACUUUUACAAAACACGCACAGAGGCUCAAGUGACAGAAACCCUGCUAUCCUUCACCAGGAGCCAGGUUCACAUUCUAGAGGCCUACGGAUCCAGAUUACAGGCACUGAGCGAAGCACUAAAGGAGUCAACCUUUUUCUACAAACACGAGAUCAUAGGCAGCUCUUUACUUUUCGUCCACGACUGCAGCGGCAAAGCAAACAUAUGGAUGAUAGAUUUUGGAAAGACCAUCCCAACCCCAGAGGAUGUCCAGCUGAGGCAUGAUGUUCCAUGGGUGGAGGGAAACAGGGAGGACGGGUACCUUAUCGGAUUGACCUCCCUCAUCUCUCUGCUGAAGGAAGCCAUCAAGCAAGCAGGGGAGCAAAGCCAAGAGGAACCACUUUGAUAGUGACCUCACAUUAACUCCAGUAAAUGACACCAAAAAGACAAAUGAUUUCACUUUGGAUCCAACAAUAGACAACCAAACUGUUUUUAGGACAUGUCAGGUCUAUAAAGCUUUAAACAGUUAAAGGGAUCGUUCACCCAAAAAUGAAAA